AUGGUAUCAGAGCUGCCGUUAACUAUGGAUCAGAAACUUCAUCCAGCCGCCACUGUGAACAACAUCAAGAGUCAAAUCCCGGUUACUCUUGAGAUGGACACCGGCCUCUACAACUCUUGGAGCGAGCUUUUCCGUAUCGCCUGUCGUGCCAGCCGUGUACUAGACCAUCUGUCUCCCAAACCACCAGCCGAGUCCUCUUCUUCAAAGACUACGGACAAAGACAAAGACAAAGACACAACGCCAAAGACAGUUGAUGACUCAUGGGACUACCUGGACGCCAUUGUAUUACAAUGGAUUUACGGUACAAUCUCUAGUAACCUAUUGCACACUAUACUCAAACCAAAUUCAACAGCCUAUGAGGCAUGGGUGGCCUUGGAAAAUAUUUUUCAGGACAACAAAAGUUCUCGUUCCAUUCACCUGCGUCAAAAAUUUUCUAAUACUCGUCUUAGUGGUUUCUCAGGUGUAUCCACCUACUGUCAAGAGCUGAAAGUAUUGGCGGAUCAACUGGCUAGUGUUGGAUCACCGGUAGAUAACCAAAGCUUAGUUUUACAAUUGAUUAGUGGUCUUAACGAACAAUACGAAGGCAUAACCACCAUACUGCAAAACCAAGAUCCAUUGCCAAGUUUUUAUGAUGCUGGUUCAAAAUUAAUAAUGGUUGAAACAUAUAAAGCUGAGCAGGUUCUUCAAGCCUCCCAAACCGCAGGUACAGCGUUAAAUGCCAACACAACACGCGCUUCAGCGAACCCGGGUUCUAACAGCGAGUACCGGUCAGAUUCUCAGAAUGAUCGGCGGGGACAGGGUCACGGUUCCCGUGGCUGGGGUCGCGGCAGAAACUCAUGGAAGGGGUCGAGGUUCUAA